AUGCCACCCUCACAAACUGUGGAGUACGAAGAGGAUUUCGGUCACAAUCUAAUGAUUCACCGUGAGUAUAUUUCCAAGCGCUGUCGCGACCGCGUGUCGUUUGAGCUGAGUGCGCUUUCCUACAGUAAUUUGGAACUGCGACGUGGACAAGAGCAUCUGGCGGGAAUUAUGAAUAGGGAGCGGAGAGGGGUUUCAGUGGGUGCCUCUGGCGCUCCAGAUGAUCAGGUGCAGAUGCAAACCGAUGUGGAUGCCAACUCGAGGGAAGUCUUGAGCGCACGGUACCUCUUCAACGAGAGGCGGUUGCAGUUCUGCGAUCGAUUUCAGAACUUCUUUCAAAGCAAACUGGAAAAUAGUGCUGCGAGUGAUUCCAAUGGACACGAGAAGCAACAUCUCUUCUCUCUUAUGGAGGCAUGCGCGGUGAUAUUUGGUUGCGAAACGGAGGCGGCUCGGGAAACAUACUACCGCAUGUUCCUGGGGUUGGAUUCGGAAACGCUUUUGGAGGAAGACGAGGCACUACGCAACCGAAUCGCCGAUGCCAAACUCGUGCAGCGGGUUCUCGAGAACAACAAGGGGCGGCAAGAGGUCACACAAUCGCCUAAACUUCAACAACAACAGGAUCAAGGCAAACCCCUGCACGCCGUUUCUAGUGGUACAAGUUUGCUUAAUGAUUGCGAAGAAGAGCGCUUCAUUUCAUCUAUUCCCGAGCUUUCCCUGUUUGAAGACGAAACUGAGGCUAGAGCCAACGGGUUCGUCGAAGGUGAAGACGAUGUCAAGGCAAACAAUGGUGAUCUCACUGCCGGUAGUUUUAGCUCCCCUGCUUCCUCUGUUAAUUUACCGGAGGAGUUUGAAGAAUAUGCCCCUCUAUACAAGGCAUACAUUACCCACGCAGUGGGAAAAGGACCCGUGGCUUCGUAUGAUAUAUCGACACUUGGUUCAACAGGUUUGACAGCAGAGCGGCGACGAUGGAGGACUCUGAUGGAGAAGAUUGUACGGGAGGAUUAUCAUACCAUGACGGAAGUAGAACAGAUGGAUGCCAUCGUGUUGAAUGAGCAACUCCACACCGUAAAGUUCUUCGAUUUGAAGAUUGGAGAUGCGAUUCGUGAUAUAUUGCAGUUGUUGCAACGGGAAACCGGCGUCGGUUCGUCGGUCAAUCGCGACACACCGGUGGGUAUUUCUCCCAACAACCCAGAGCGACGAGUCUGA